CUGGCUGUUUCCACUGAGAGAAGAGGGCGUGGCUUCUGUGGCUGUCAGUCACGCGCGCGCUCUACAGCUCGCGCGCGGUGUACCGGCGACGUAACCGCGUAAGAUGACCAACAAGGUGCAGUGACUGAACAACUCCGUGUUUUUUGUUGUUAUUUUUUUGGUCGUUCCGCCAUGUUUCCGGGUUUUGUUUCAAUUUUGCGUGUUUUAAUGAGUCGUCCGAGGGAAACAUGGUUACAUUAUCGCCAUGGCAACCGUCGGUAGAGCGUCACGUUAGUGACUGAACCGUUUCUGUUCCUCAAGCGGCGGUUUGUAACCGAUCACCUUGUAACACCUUAAUUCCGAGUAACCGAUCACCGUGUAACACGUUAUUAUCGUGUAACACGUUAUUACCGUGUAACACAUUAUUACCGUGUAACACGUUAUUACCGAGUAACCGAUCACCGUGUAACACGUUAUUAACGAGGCUUAGUAGCGACUCGGACAUGGAGGCGGUGAUGGAGAGAGAGUGCAGCGCGUUAGGAGGUCUGUUCCAAACAGUCAUCACCGACAUGAAGGGCAGCUACCCGGUGUGGGAGGAUUUCAUCAGCAAGGCUGGAAAGUUGCAGGCGCAGCUCAGGGCUACGGUUGUGGCAGUCUCCGCGUUCCUCGAUGCCUUUCAGAAGGUCGCAGACUUGGCCACGGGCAGCAGAGGUGCGACCCGGGACAUCGGCUCAGCUCUGACCAGGAUGUGUAUGAGACACCGCAGCAUUGAGGCCAAAAUCAGACAGUUUUCAAUGGUGUUUGUGGAUUCACUGAUUAACCCUCUGCAAGAGCAGAUGGAGGAGUGGAAGAGAGUCACCAACACUAUGGAUAAGGACCAUGCCAAAGAAUACAAACGAGCACGGCAAGAGAUCAAGAAGAAAUCCUCAGAUACGCUUAAACUGCAAAAGAAAGCAAAGAAAGGGCGUGGGGACCUCCAGCCUCAGGUGGACAACGCUCUGCAGGGGGUGAGUGAUAAGUACGUGUCGCUGCAGGAGACAGAAAGACAGGCAGUGAGGAAAGCUCUGAUUGAAGAAAGAGCACGAUUCUGCAUGUUCGUCUCCAUGCUCCGACCCGCCAUAGAAGAGGAAGUUUGUAUGUUGGGUGAGAUCACACACCUGCAGUCGAUCUCUGAUGAUCUGAGGUCGUUGACUAUGGACCCUCAUAAGCUGCCUCCCUCCAGCGAACAGGUGAUCGCUGAUCUGAAAGGCUCCGAGUGUAACUGGUCGUAUCAGACUCCGCCCUCUUCUCCCAGCACCACCUCCAGGAAGUCCAGCAUGUGUAGUAGUCUGAACAGUGUGAACAGCAGCGACUCUCGUUCGAGCAGCUCUCAUUCUCACUCUCCCACAUCACAUUUCCGCUACCGAGGCUCCGCCCUCCCUCAGCAAGGCUCCGUCCGCCUUCCCAGCGUCUCCUCUCACGACUCGGGCUUCACCUCUCAGGACACCUGUCAGUCCAAAAGCCCCUCCCCCAUGCCUCCAGACGGGAGCGUACAGUGCUCUGACUCGUCCUGCCCCGAUGAGUCAGCUCAGCCAAUCACAGACAGCUGCACUACCACAUUACCUGACUCCAACACCAAAACAGAAGACAAGUUGCUAAACGGCAGCACAUCACCGUUUAAUUCAGUGGACCCUUCCUUCUUCAUCAUCCCAUCAUCUCCACCUUUCGUAUCACACCCCCCCAGCCCUGCGUGGGCGUGGUCUCCGCCUGGCUCCGCCCCAGGGGUGGAUUUGGAGCCGUGUUUUCCUGUGGGACCUGGUACCUUUCCCCCCAUACACAGAGUCCCCAGCUGGAAGGACUGGGCCCGUCCGGGUCCGUACGACCAGCCCAUGGUGAAUACCCUGCGGAGGGUGAGGGAGAGAGUGAGAGAGAACAGCGAGUGCAGCAGCUCCAGAGAAGAAGCUCACAAAGUCAGCCCCAACUCCAGCACUCACACUAAACCCAGGGACGAAGCUCAUGAGGAGCUGGCCGUGUGUCUGUCUCGUGGUCUAUCGUUGGAUUUACCACGCAGCAGCCGGGAGUCUGUUCAGGGUUCCAGCGGCUACAGCACACAGACCAACACCCCCUGCUGCAGCGAGGACACCUACAGUGAGUUAUUUGAUUACGAGUGCUUGCCAGGGGGCGGAGACCAAGACGGAGAGUCGCAGGAUUGCGAUGGGCCAACCCCACUGAUUCAGAGCACGGAUGUCAGCCAUUCAUAUCGCAGGACUUUACCCGCCAAGCGCCCUUCUCCCUGUGGGCCUUUUAGCAUCACACCAGGCGUGGCCACCAUCCGGCGCGCACCCACCUCGAAGCCGAGCCUGUGGCGCGGUCCGAGUGUUCAUGGUCCGAUUCCCAUCAAGACCCCUGUCAUUCCUGUUAAGACACCCACCGUGCCCACACCAUUCUGCAGCGAGGACCAAGAACUCCCCAGCGAUCCCUCGCCAUCACCCACACAGCUAACACCCAACUCAGUCAGCCAAUCAGAUACUCUGGCAGAGCAGGAAGAAGUAGGACCAGACGAGCAGGAAGGCAGCAUGCUGUCCUCUAUUCGACGAGGGGUGAGCCUCAAAAAAGCCGCGACCAAUGAUAGAUCUGCUCCGGUUCUCCAAUAAAGAGCACCGCCUCCUUCUCAACCAAUCAGAACUCAGACGUAGUUGACAUGGUGGGGAUGUUUAGCAACCGUGCUAAUGUUGUCACGUGUAGGAUGGGUAAAGUAGUACAUAUGUUUCACAGUGAUUGAAUAUAUACACAAACAUAAAUGACGAGGUGUUAAUGUUAUAAUCUAUUACACAACAGCGAUAUUUAGUGGCUUUGUACAUACAGAUACAGAAUCAGAUCUGAAGCGACUGCAGCCCAUCCUCCUCUAGGUGCCAGAACUUUGUGCCUCAUAUCGUAUCUCCUUUUAUCUUACUCCAAUCAGGAAUCGCAGACCCGCAAUCAGAGCCGCGCUGGACGUUUACUCGUGUGCAUUUUGUACAUUAUAUUGACGAUCGAAACUGCAGCACUUCCUGAAGAAAAAUCUCUUUCUUUAUUAUAAACGUUAUCACAAAGAAGGACCCGGUACAAUUUCCAGCUGUUAGGGGACACAUGAUAUCAACUCUGGUGUGAUUUUCCAGUACAGCUGUGUUUGGGUGUUUGGUGUCAGCACGUCGUUCUGGCUGAGAUCCACCCUGAUGUUCUUGUGCAUGCAGCCACUUUUACUGUCUUCAGACAAAUGAAUCGAAUUCCUUUAAACGCCCGAAGGAUGUCAUUCCCGAAAUCCUUGCUGUGAGAAACCAGGAAAGCUUUCACACACACUCAAAUCUGUCUCAGUUACGUUACGAAGUACGUGCAGUGACAUGCCGUUAUGUUCUCCACUAACAGCACAUCUUAAAGUCUUUUAUUCCUCUUACACCACAAGCCAACUAUUUUUUUUUAUUACUAAUUUACUUUUUAAUGCCUUUCAUCACUUUCAUGAAAAUUUUCUCACCA